AUGCCAAGCAAAGAGGAGAGGAUGGUAGAAGACAAAGCAAAUACAACAGCAAACUACAACACUACAGACGUGGAAGAACUGGUUGCUGCUAUUAAACACAACCUACGCCUGAAAUCGGCGCCGUGUCACGUCGUGUGUACAAAACAAAGACGUGUAUCACCGUACAACAUCCCCAUCAGGACACACAGGUACCUAAACAACUGCCAGAUUGGUUGUAAAAAACAAUCGGAUCCUUACGUACUCCUACAAGAACUACUAAAACAAGGGACACUUAUCAAAGAAGCUGUACACAGGCUACAAUUAGGAUUAUCUACUAGUAGUAGUACAAAAACACUAAAAAUGGAUGACGACGAAGAUAAUGGGACCAAUCAAUGCGUGAGUAACGUAUACUAA